CGUUCGUCGUCCUACAACCAAUCGCGAGUUUCCGAAGUAAGAAGAUUGAUUCAUCUAUGGCGGAUGUUGAGAAUCAACAGGAUUCUUCGUUUCCGGUGAAGCGGAAAUCUGAUCUGUUUUGCCAAGAGCAGGAUAAUGUGGCAAACAAGGCUCAAAAGCUUAAUCCUUCAUCGAAUUCUGCUGAUUCAGAGUCCAAAGACGGAGAAAUUAAUGGAACUGGCAAAAUCGAGAAUAUGAAAUCUUCCACCGAGGAAAAGAUUGGGGCAGAAUCAUCGGUUUUAUCGGAGAAAUCAGCUGAAAAGGUUGAGAAUGGCGUAAUUGGCGAUCUUGGAGCUGAAGAGGAGGAGCAAGAAGAUGGAGAUGAAGAUGAUGAAGAGGAAGACGACGAGGAAGAGGAAGAAGAAGUAGAAGAGGUUGAUAGGAAAGGUAAAGGGAUUUCUCGAGAGGACAAGGGAAAGGGAAAAAUGAUCGAAGUGGAGGAAAGUGAUGACGAAGACGACAGUGAUGAUGAAGAUGACGAAGGUUUUGAUGAAGACGACGAAAGCGAUUUCUCCGAUGAUCCUUUGGCUGAGGUUGAUUUGGAUAAUAUCCUUCCGUCGAGGACUAGGAGACGAUCAAGCCAGCCUGGAGUUUUCAUCUCCAAUGAAAACAGUAACCGUGGUGUCAACAACGAAGAGGAUGAUGAUAGCAGUGAUGAUAGUGAUGCUUAAAACCUUAGCUAUAAGAGAGGUUAGUGAUUAAGAAAAAUCAAGAAAUUAGUUCCUUUGAUUCUAAAGAGAGUUUGUCUCUGUUCAGUGAUUAUUCGUUAUAUCUAAUGAUGUUUCAAACGCUUGGACCAAAGUGGGUUAUUAUAUAUAUCUAUGAUGUUCUUGCAAUUCAAUCCAAUGUGCCUCUUAUCUUAUGAUUUCCGAUCUUUAGUCGUUUGAUGCGUGACUUUGAUUGUGAGCUUUAAAGAUUGUUGCUUGUGAAUGGUAGUGAAUGGGUCAUUAUCAUGUAAUGGUUUUGAGGUGUUUGAGACAGUAAACCGUUUACUCUGAU